AUGGCUACAAUCUGUAUCAAUAAAGUGGUGGGUAGCAUCGAUGGUGCAGCAGCGACGGCGCAGGACGAGCGAUGUAUUCUCUAUACUUGUGUGUCGAUAUCUAGCCACAAGUAUGUGCAAGUUUCCAGUACAUCAAGCGUUGCAUUUGCUCAGUUGCGACGUCAAGAGGACGGAUCAGCGCUGUCGUUUGGUCUCCUGGAAGCAUUGGACGAAUCUAAUGGACCACAAAUGACGCUACAAGUGACAACUGACGUAGAACAGGACGUGAAUCAUACUGGAAUCAAGUGUGCGUGCAAAUGUGGCGUCAUUGCAAGUGUCCGUGUGGCUUUUCUGGAUCGCAAGAGACCUCCUAGUGCUGUGCUCCGAGGGCUGCAACGGAUUGCAGCGAAGUUACUGGACGGUGUAGUGGUGUGGAGCGAGAGAAGGUCGUCUGUGAGCUGGUUAAAUUGCAGAGAUUAUAUCAAGUUUGUGGACAUUGAGUGGACAUCAACAGGGUCUGGAUGCUGCAAGCAGCUUGGGACAAUUCUUAGCGUCUCGAACGUUAAGUUGACUUUUGUCGGAGACGACCGACCACAAGUCAUGUGUCAUUCUGCAGCAAAUUUUGAGGCAGUUGAUACGUAUACUAGACGAAUUGCAAGCGAGCUCGGAGGUGUUGAAAAGUACGCGAGAAGCUUGUUGCAGACAAUUUUGCAGUGUCUUGAACCGCAAAAAGGGGCAAUAGCGGUGAGACGGAAUAUCGGAGCGAUGAUUUGUGGACUUCCUGGUAUCGGCAAAACGGUGUUAGCUAGAGAAAUUUGUAAGUGUCUGGGCGUGACGACAUUUUUUUUGAAUGCAGCAGACGUCUACCAGACGUAUGUUGGGCAGUCGGAGAAAAAGUUGGUCAAGAUAUUUGAAAGUGCAGUGCUCCAGUCUCCAAGCAUUUUGGUAAUCGAUGGGAUUGAGGCAAUUGCGGGUUCUCGACGCGCUUUGGCUGAUUCGCAAAGUGUGCUCGAGAUUGGUGUCUUGGGUGCGUUGCUUUCGUCUCUAGAGAGGAUUAAAUCGUCGUCACAUCGGGUGUUUGUUCUAAGUACCACAACACGUCCGGGAGAUGUAGAUGCAGCAGUACUAUCGAAUGGCAGACUUGACCAGGUUGUAAGCAUCGAGCCUCCCACGCAAAUUGAGCGGCUUGCCAUCCUUCGAAUCAUUACAAGGACAUGGCAAGGCGACGAACUUUACGAGAAGUUCUUGAACCAAGUGAGCGAAAUCACCGGUGGUUUUGUUGGUGCUGAUUUGCUCAGCCUUUGUCAAAAGGCACUCCAAGUGUGUCUGAAUGAGGCAGCGAUAAAAAAGGAAGGCAGCGCAAUGGUUUGUCCACGCCACUUUGAGCAGGCGCUUGCAGUGACCUACCCUUCCGUACUUCAGGCACAUCAUGUCAUGCAAAAACGGCAGGAACCAGUGUCUAGUUUCAUUCACAAGAACAGCAAAAACACAUCACUAGGCGCCUUCUCCGGUGUGUUCGGCAUGAGUGAUGCUAUCCAAACCCUUCGGGUCUCACUGAUAGAACCACUUGAAGAUUGCACCCGUUUUUUGAGGUUCGGAACCACUCCGCCGAAAGGUAUCCUGCUAACAGGUCCUCCCGGAUCUGGCAAGACGCAUCUCGCCAAUGCGGUUGCUGAACAUGUCCGCCGCUGUGGGCUGGCAUCGUUUGUGUCUGUCCAGUGCAGCGACUUAUUAACGAAGAUUGUUGGUGACACUGAAAAAGCACUGCGAGAGCUUUUUGCAACGGCGAGAAACGCUACACCUUGUGUGCUGUAUUUUGACCAGAUCGAGAGUAUUGCGCCUGUGCGAGGUUUCGAUACGAGUACUGAACAAACGUUUGACCGAAUGCUGAGUAUGCUGCUUGUUGAAAUGGACGGUUUCAGCACGAGCCGUACGAAGCUUCAGCAAAGCUUAGUAAGUGAUGAAGCGCGCAUGGCGUUUCUCAAGCAGCAUGUUGUUAUCCUUGCUUCAACAACAAACAAAGAGCUGCUAGACCCAGCCAUCCUUCGACCAGGACGUUUCGAUGUUCACAUUCAUGUCGGCUAUCCGGACGAAGAUGCGAGAUGUGCGUUUAUCCUUCAAGCGUUGGAGAAAGUUCCUGUCGAUUACUCAUCCGAUGCAGCACUUGAUUCUCGCGAGGCACUUGCCAGAUACGUGGCCAAGCACACCAGUGGCUUGUCAGCUGGAGACUUGAGUGCCAUUGUUCGUGAAGCUGUUAUGGCGUCGAUGCGUGAGGAUCUCGACUCUACAAAUGUCGAGAUCAAGUAUAUGCUGCAGACUUUGGAUAAAGCGACAAAGUCGUCAACAACUGCACCAUCAUCAUCCACAGUGACGCCGCUAUUUGCACGCCGACAUAAUGGGAAAAAAAGCGACACACCUCGAGCAUCUCUCCGUAGCAACCAAGCAAGACGAAAAACAGCAGAUGCAUGA